AUGGGCUCACAUCAGGUUGCAGUGGAAAUUGAUUCCACCAAUGUUAUCGAGUCAUCCGCAGAGCAUUCAUCUCGGGAAGGCACAUCUGAGACACCUAUUGAUCAUGCCAACAGGCAGCCGUGUGUCAGUGGUAAUACUAUGACUGUCAAGUUCCCAGUGCCACCGUUCUUUCUUUGUCCUCGACAACCCUGUCGCACUCAGUUUUCUGCCGGUGCGUGGACUGCACAACGUCGUUCAUUGGAGCGGCACCUUGAAACGGUGCACGGAGUUCGGAUCAAGAAAACAAUCAACAUUUGCAUCGACUGCCACAGUGAUCUUGGAAUCCGUCCUUCCAACCAUGGUGAAGUAUGUAAGCGGGCAACAAUUAGGAGCGAGGUUGGGAUGGCAGACAUAACACGAUUCUUCCAGGACGCGUGGAGCCCAAAAGAACCUGAUGAGAGUGCGGAAAUUGGAAGACCCAGAGCCGAUGUGGAAAUAGGUCUGAGCCGGUUUACCCCGGAGGAAGUCAAUAGACGCCUGAAAAAAUGCGAGAACACGGCACCAGGCGACGACCGUCUCACAUACAAGCACUGGCGUUGCGCGGACCCCGAAUGCCGUUUCUUAGCUGCCAUCUUCAACCUCUGCCUAAAACACCGCAGGAUUCCCACGAGCUGGAAGACAACCCGCACUAUCCUGAUACACAAGAAAGGUGACCGCCAAAACCUCUCCAAUUGGAGGCCCAUAUCACUCGGUCGGACUAUAGGAAAACUGUACACUGGGUGCCUGGCCACACGCUUGCAAGCCUGGUUACUGGAUAACGGUGUCUUAUCACCAUGUCAGAAGGGGUUUCUUCCCUACGAUGGCGUACUGGAGCACAACUUUGUGUUACAGGAAAGACUUGACCUCGCCAGAACAACACGAGAAGAACUGUGCCUCGGCUUUCUGGACUUCGCGAACGCAUUCGGGUCUGUACCACAUCGAAGCCUGAUUCAAGCCGCCGAAGCGUCAGGAGUUGGCCCGACAUUCUGCGAAAUCCUUGAGGACAUAUACAAGGAGAACCAGGCAACAGUGAUGUGCAGCGAGGGAAUGACACCGUUGAUACCGGUUGAUGCUGGAAUUCGCCAAGGUUGUCCAUUGAGUGGGCUAUUAUUCAACUUGGUAAUCGACCCCCUGGUGCGGCAGAUCCAAGGAACCGACGACAAGCACCGCAUACUGGCGUAUGCAGACGACAUCACCCCAAUGGCAAGCACCCCUGAAGAGCUUCAGCAACAAUUGGAUCUGAUAAAUGAGCUUGCCACAGGAAUUGGACUAACACUUAACGCCUCCAAGUGCCGCACGAUGCACAUGUCGGGGAAACAGCCAGUGGGACUCCGUGCAACACAGUUCUUCAUCGCCGACACACCGAUACGACCUAUAGCGGAAUUCGAAGCAUUCACAUACCUAGGGAGACCUGUAGGCUUCAAUCCCCUCUCGGAGAAAUCCACGGUGGAGGAUGCUGUGGAACUUGGCCAGAAGACACUCGGCUCAGCACUUGCACCAUGGCAAAGACUGGACGCGUUGAAAACGUUCCUAUACCCUGGCCUGAACUUCGCUAUGCGGAUGGGAUCCCACACCAAAAGUGAAUGGAAGCGGCUUGACGAAUCCCUCCGACCCCUCAUUAGGCGGACUCUCUACCUCACAAACUCUGCGGCCACUGACUACAUAUAUGAGAGUACACAUAAAGGGGCUUCUGGCAUCCCUCUUGCAGCAGAACUGAGUGAUGCUGCACGAGUUGACACAGCUUUUAAACUACUAACGUCAAGGGAUCCAGCCACCCGCCCACUAGCUGGGAAAGCAGUUGAAGCCACAGUCAGUAAGCGACUACGUACCAUGGAGCCCGUCACGCCGGAUCUUCUCGGACGUUACCUCUCUAGGGACAAUGAAAAUGACUUCCGAAGCCCGUCCAGCGGACUCAAAACAGUGUGGACUGAAGCCCGGAAAGCCUCAUCACGUCUUGAUGUGAAGUGGACCUUCAGCCCGGACGGCCCGGAACUGCAAAAGAAUGGAGCAACCAUCGCACGCAGAAGACGCACGAAGGUGAUGAGCACACUACGGCAUCAACUACAAGAAGAACGGGAUAGGCGGCUUACUUCCCUCGCCAACCAGGGCAAGGUCAUGGAAUGUGUCGCUCUUGACAAGUCAAGCUCCCACUUCAUGCGCUCUGGACAGUUCACAAGAUUCGCCGACUGGCGCUUCAUUCAUCGGGCCCGCCUCAACCUCCUCCCCCUCAACGGAGCCCGGCCCUGGACACAGGGUGACAAACGAUGCAGACGGUGCGGAACACAGCCCGAGACCCUACCCCACGUCGCCAAUCAUUGUAUGCGGUAUUCGGCUGCGUAUACCAAGCGUCACAACAGUAUAGUUGAGCGAGUGAAACGGGCAUCACAGAACAAGUACAACGUGAUCAUUGAAAAUCAGGUUGUGGGUAACACCGGACUUCGGCCAGACCUGGUUGUGUCAAGAGGAGAGGAAGCAAUAGUCUACGACGUGACCAUAGUAUUCGACAACCGCCAGGAGGCUCUGCAAGCGGCUCGAGGAAACAAAGAAGAAAAGUACCUACCUGUGAAGGAGAGCCUGCAAAGGAGAUAUCACCGAGUGCAUAUCGAGGCAGUGGUCAUCGGAAGCCUUGGUAGCUGGGAUCCAGCCAACGACCGCGGACUCAAACGCCUUUGCUCAAGAGAAUACCUCAAACUAAUGAAAAAACUCUGCGUAAGUGAGGUGAUCUCCUCUACAAGGGACAUUUAUAGCACACACAUUACUGGUGUGUAA